AUGGCUACUCUACCCGUAAUCAUAAUCGGCAAUUUCCGUGAGGUUACCAACGAACAAGGAAACGAUGGUGAUGAUGAUUAUGAUGACUAUUACGAUGACGACGAAGAUGAAGAUGAUGAUGAACCAGAAAAAGAUUACAGCGAAGAAGAAGACUAUGACUAUGAUAAUGAAGGAAACCCAACAGAAUCUGCUAUACUGGCUAAAAAGAAACGAAAACUGACAGAAGCACAUAAGGGUGCGACAGAAAAUGACGAUUCAGGAGAUGAAGGAACUGAAGAAGAUGAUGAGAAAGAAUAUGAAGAAGAAGAAUGCCAAACUUCUGAGGUUGAGACCGGGCCAGAUGAGGAAUAUGAAUCCAGUACCGGCGAUGAAGAUUUAGACGAAGAAGAAAGAGCUGCCAAAAAGGAGAAGAAAUUGGCAGCUCUGGCUGCUGCAAAAGAAUUAAAGGAGAAGAAACGAGAGGAAAAGGCAAAACAAAAAGCUGAAAAAGAUGCCGAAAGGGAAAAGCGGAAAGCCAUGAAGGAAGAAGAAAGAGCUAAGAAAAAAGCAGAAAAGGAAGAAGAAAGGGCAAAAAAGAAAUCAGGAAAAGAACAGAAAAAUGCAACACAGGCUGAACAAGAAAAGAAGACUGCAGAAAGAAAAAAGAAGAAAGAGAAAGAAAAUCAAGGAAAAACGAAUGAUGAGGAUACUGAAGAGUCAGAUUACGAAUCUGAAGAAUUUUCUGACAGUGACGAAACUGAGGAGAAGCAAACAAAAGAAAACACGAAUUCAAAAGACGAUAAGAAGAAUAUUUCAAAAAGGAAGCCAACCAAGAAAUCAUUUAUUGGCGGGGCAGUUCUGUCUACUGUCAAUGAAAAAAUAAUACUGAAAAAGAAAAAGAAUUUAGCAAGAGUAACAAGAAAAGAAAGUCUACAGAAAAGGACAAACAGAAGAUCAAUAAAACUAGAAAACGAUACAGUGAUAGUGAUGAACUCUGAUGACAGUGAGGCAGACUAUUACGAGGACUGGAAUCCAGAUGCAGAAGAUAACCCAGAAACGAAUGUAACACGAGUUAAUGUAAAGGAUAAGAAUGAUGAAAUAGAACAAAGUGAUGAUGAAAAUGGUAACAAUUCUGGAAAUAAAAAGAAAAGAGCAAAACAGAAUGAUGACAAGGCGACUGACGUGAAAGUUAGAUCGGCGUCCGAAGUUAAGGUUAAACGAGCGAGAAAACAAAGCCGUGACAAAGGUAAAAAUACUGAUAAGCGAAGUCAUGACAAAGGUGAAGAUACUAACAAUGAAGACGAUUCAGACUCGGAAGUAGACUCAGAAGAUUCUGAUAAUUAUGACAGUGAUGAUGAAUACGACAGCGACGAUAAUGAAAAUGCAUCUUCAGACAAAGGACUUAACAAGAAAGAUUACAUCAAUUCAGAAGCAAAGCACAUCAAACAAAAGAAAGGUAACAAUCUGCGUAAAAACAUGUCGGAAUAUUCGGGACGUGGAUCAUCAGUAUCUAGUGAAUGGGGAGACGACAGUAGCAAACAAAUAAAAGACACGAAUAAACCCGUCACCAGUACAGAUAACAAGAAAACAAAAACAGGCUUCUUUUCAAGUUUAUCCGGAAAGCCUAAUAAAACAUCUGACGGCAAGAAAAAUAGAAACGAAAAUAAGGCUGUGUCUUUUGGUGGAGCAAGUACAAGGCAACAUUUGAAUAAAUCGAAUGAAUCCAACGACUGGGAAAGCGAAGAUGACAACACUGGUAAUAAUCCAAAUACAAAUUCUAAAGAUGACAAUAAGUCGGGCAAAUCUGGAUUCAGUGGAGGUUGGUUCGGUAACGGAAAAGGAGGCUAUACAACAGGGUAUAAUAAAACAACUGACUUUGGUGACUGGGGUAGUGAUGAUAACGACGAUACUAACAUAAAUCAUGCUCCGGUUAAGAAUGGAUAUUCAAACUCUUAUACAAGUGGUUUUGAUACACAAGAUAGAAAUACAAUUUCAGCACAAACUGCGGGAAAUAUACCCGGAGCAAACAAUAUGUAUUUAAAUCAGUCUGGAAGCAAUGGUCUGGGCAAUGGAAAUCAGAACUGUCCUAUUAAUUAUGAGCAAAAAGCACCUUACAAUUAUACAGGCACGUUGCCCAAAAGUAACGUUGGCCUUACUGGAAAUGGAAAUGCUGAUACUUUUCCAAUUAACCAAAUGAACUCUAAUAAAAAUCCGUCUAACAACCAAUAUUCAACAGUUAACAGUAACCCGUAUUCUUCCGCGCACGAUAAUCCGUUUAUGUCAUCCCACAACAAUUCAGCAAGUCAAUAUCCCAAUUCUGCGACAAAUGGUACUAGCAAUCCGUAUCCAUAUAUGAACAGCAGUCAAUAUUCCUCCACAAACAAAAAUCCGUAUUCCUCCACAUACGGUGGAAAUAAUGCAUCUGCGAAUACACACAAUAAUGACGAUGCAAAACCUGAUGAAAGGAGUAAAUUUAAUGCUCUCUUCAAUUCACGCUCACGGAAAAGAAAAGCGCUAAAUCGGGUAAAUAACAAUGUAGCCAGUAAUAAUGCUAUAGGUACAGCCGCUAUAGGCGGAAUUCCUAGUAACAAUUAUGGUGAUGGAGAAGAUAUAUUCGCAAAAACUGACUCUACUGGUAACCAUACUGGACAGGCUGGCAUGCAAAAUAAAAAUGUAAAUGGACUUGGACAAACUGAUGCAAUUAAUCACGGACAUUCAGAUAAGUCAAACAAUGGUUUGAAUCAAAAUAGGCAGUUUGGUGAAAAUGAUUACAGAACUUCAAAUGGAAACGGAAACUUUGAUUCUUCCAACCAGGCAAGGCAGUUUGGUGCAAAUAACGGAGCAUCGGAUGGAAAGGGAAACUUUGGUUCUUCUAACCAGGGAGGACAGUUUGGUGCAAAUUACGGAACAGCGAAUGGAAACGGAAACUUUGAUUCUUCCAACCAGGCCAGACAGUUUGGUGCAAAUAACGGAACAUCGAAUGGAAAGGGAAAAUUUGGUUCUUCCAACCAGGGAGGACAGUUAGGUGCAAAUUACGGAACAGCGAAUGGAAACGGAAACUUUGAUUAUCCGAACCAAGGAAGGCAGUUUGGUGCAGAUAACGGAACAUCGACUGGAAACGGAAAGUUCGGAGCUUCCAAUCAAGGCAGACAAUUUGGUGCAAAUAAAGGAACAUUAAAAGGAAAUACAAACUUUGGUAGUUCUGGCCAAGGUUUGUAUGGUGGUGCAAUAAACAAUCCAAAUGGUCUGAAUGGUGCAAGUAACAAUGCAAAUUCAAAUUUACUUGACAGUGCUUCUAAUCAAAAUGGACAAUUAGGUGAAUUAAACAGUGCAAAUGGUAAAAACUCGUUUGGUGCAUCGAACAAUACAUCUGCUGGAAAUGGACAAAUGGGUGUUUCAGGUAACGGACAAUUCUCAAAUCAACCUCAGAAUUAUGGUUUGCCAAAUAACAUAAAUGGACAAAGAAAUGUUUUAAACGGAAAAUAUCCAUCAGAAAAUCAGACCAGUUCACAACUAUUUGCCAAUCCUGGAAAUGGUCCAGUUAAUAACAGAAAUGCAAAUGAUCCGUUUCCAAAUGUUACAAAUGACAGUAAUGCAUUGGGCAAAGGAACAAACAAUAUGAAUAAUGGAAAUAAGUCAAAGAAACUUGUAAGCUUCCGAAAUGAUGCGUCUUUACCAUUUGGUGGUUCCGGAGAAAAUAGAGGCAAUUACCUAGGAAAUAACGGAAAACCUGGACUGGAGGUGGAUGGUUCAGCAGGAACAACUGGAAAAAAUGGAGACACUGGUACUAAGCCACAUAGAAAUACUGAUGCUAUCACGACUGAUGCUGAUAUAGUGCUGCCAAAUAAUAACAGUAAUAAGCAACCGCGCUCCCCGGCAGGAAAGUUCAUUGUCAACAAACCAGCAUGGAACAAAACAAAAUCUGGAAACCCAAAUACCGAAAAGAGAAAAGGUUCGAAAACACCGGUAGAGGAACUUGUUAAUCGUAAAAGACGAUUAUCCCUGCAAGAACCAGAGCCUGUGUUUAGAACAGACAGACUGGCAAAGAAAUUCCCGUUCUUGGGCAGUAGUGAUCAAAGUAAUGCUACAGAGACAAGCGGCAAAGGACGUAAUACAAAUCCAAACGACGGUAUGCGGAAAAAUCAGAGUGAUUCAAAUCUUAUUAACCUGUUAGGCAAAGGAAAACCAUUAGGUGACAAUAUGGGUAAAAUUCCGUCAAAUCCAGACAAACCCUCCACAGAAAAGGAUGGCAAAAGUUUCGCAGACUUAAAUCCUGAAACACGUGAUAAAGUUUUUUACGGUUUUGGUGUAGGAAGGUGGCGUAAGGUCGCUGCUAAAUGGUUAAACACGUGGAAAAUGAAGCGAAGACCCGUAAAAACGGCAAAUUCAUCAUGGGAUUAA